AUGUCUCAUCGAAACCUGCCCUCCAGUCUCCGCCAACCCUGCUCCGACUUCCUCGCCUCCGUCCUCUCCUUCCUGUACUCCUCUUCUCCCUCCUUUUCCGACCUCAGGCGCGCCCACGGUCUCCUCAUCGUCUUCGGCGCCGCCUUCGACAAGCUCGUCGCCCGCCGCCUCGUCGCCCUCUACUGCCGCCGCUCUGCGGGGGCGCUUGACUACGCCCUCCUCCUCCAUUCCCACCUCCGCCACCCUGACCCCGUCGCCUCCAACCUCAUCCUUAAAAAUCUCGUCCGCCGCGCUCAGCCUUCCGAUGUCAUCGCCUUCUACUGCCGGCAAGCCCACCUGGCGGGCUGCCGCCCCAGCCGCUGCACCUUCCCCCUUCUAGUCACCGCUGUGAAGCUCCGCGACUCCAUCCACGAAGGAGAAGCCUUUCACUGCCUCGCUAUAAAGCUUGGAUUUUUAAGUCAUCUGCCAAUUCCCAACUCUCUGCUCCACAUGUACGCGUCCUGUGACGGUCUGACCCUUGCAAGGCAGUUGUUUGAUGAAAUGCUGGAGAGGGACAGAAUAUCGUACAAUUCCUUGAUCGAUGGGUACGUUAAGAGCGGCGAUUUGGAGGAAGCCGAGCGGCUGUUCUGGAGCACGCCGGACCGGAAUGUUGUGUCCUGGUCCACGCUUUUUAAUGGGUACGUUCGAAACCGAAUGUUUCAAAAUGCUGUUGGCUUUUUCCACCAAAUGCAGGAGAUUGGGGUGGAGCCCGAUAGCUGCUCGGUGGUUUCUUUGUUAUCUAUGUAUGCCCUUUUCAAGUCAGCCUCUCAGGGCAAAUCCGUUCAUGGGUUUGUGGUUAGGAGAUGGUUGCAUUUACUGACUCCGGUGAGCACUGCAUUGGUUGAUUUUUACUGCAAAUGUGGGUUGUUGGAUGCAGCGGUUUCACUGUUUGAGAGAAUUCCGAAGAAAGAUUUGAUUUGUUGGAACUCAUUGAUCUCAGGUCUGGGGAGUUGUGGUAGGGGUCAGGAAGCUCUCGGCUUUUUUUCACAGAUGCUGCAUGAGGGAGUGCAACCAGAUGAUAUUACAUUUAUUGGUAUUUUGGUUGCUUGUGCUCAUUCAGGUUUGGUUGAUGAAGGGCAGCGGUAUUUUAAAAUGAUGAGCUCAGUGUUUGGUAUCAAGCCAAGCUUUGCCCAUUACUGGUGUUUGGUUGAUCUUUCUGUUCGAGCCCAAAAGCCUAAUGAUGCGUUGAAGAUAAUUCAGGACAUGCCCUUGGACAAUCAGUCAGCCAUAUGGGGUGCAGUCAUCUGGCUUGCCAAGGUUCAUGGUGAUAUCAGUGUGGGAGAAUUUUUGGGGAAACGUUUGAUCGAGUUGGAGCCAGAUAAUAGCAGAAGGUAUCUGCCUCUUGUAAAUGUUUAUGCUGCUGCAUCAAGAUGGGAUAAGUAUAAUGGGUUACAGGAACUGAUGAAGGCAAGGGGUUUAAAAAAUUUGCCAGAUUGUACUUUGAUUGAUUUGAAUGUUGUGGUUCAUAAAUUUUUGGUAGGUGACAAAUCCCAACAUGAAAUUCAGAAAAUUUAUGGAGUGCUGAAGGAGAUCGCGGAGCAACUAACAUUGCAGCCUUCUGGGGCUGCUGAGGAUGCCUUGACUGAGUCCAUGUAG